AUGGAGUUUUACUCGGYCACAAAGAAGGAAAUUAUGUCAUUUGAGGAAAAAUGGAUGAAACCGGACAGCAUCUUGUUGAGUGAAACAAACCAGUCUCAGAAAGUCCAGGGUCCAAGAAUGUCCAGAGAGGACUCAGCACYUCUGGUGAUAACUGGGACCCUAGGAGGGUCUGUCACUCUGCCCCUGCAUGUGCUGCCAGGACAGCAGGUAGAGAGUAUCUCCUGGAUGUCCCGUUCAGUCCCUGGGGCAAUUGCCACAGUCACCAUAGUAGAAGGUGGAGGACGAGACACCUUUUACCAGGCGGAGAGCCGGUACUGGGGCCGCAURAAUGUGGUGGGUCCAGGCCACUCCCUGCAGAUUGGCAAUCUGAGCCAAGAGGAUGCAGGGUACUACCGGGCCCACAUUAACCUGAGGACUUCCCUUAUCACUCAUACCCAGGAGUACCAGCUGCAAGUCUUUGAAAAGCUGGUCCCACCCCGCGUCACACUGAGCUCCAGGAUUGGUGAUAAUGGAAACUGYAUCAUCAUCCUGACAUGUGUGGCAGAAAGCGGAGGAGACACUGUGGCCUACAGCUGGACACCACUGGGUCCCCGGACUGUGAUAUCCCAUGGAGGGUCUGUCCUCAGUGUUUCCUUGAGGCCAGAGGACAGUGCUCUGACCUUUACCUGCGUAAUCAAGAACCCAGUCAGCAACAGCAGCUCCCACCCGGUCUCAGUGCCACACAUUUGUACAGGGAGGCUGAAGAAGCCCAAUAUCACUGUCCGCUCCCAGAUCAUGAGGAACAGGACCUGCUUCGUCACCUUGGCCUGCUUCGUGGAAGAAGCCGGAGAAGAUGUUCAGUACAGCUGGGACCCCCAUGGCCAGGGGGAAGUUGUGUCCCAUGGAGGAACCACUCUCAGGGUCUCCUGGAGAUCUGGGGACAGUGGCAGCUACCGCUGCACUGCCAGGAAUCCAGUCGGCCAGAACUCUAGUUCCAUCCCCAUGAGGCCCCUCUGUUCAGCUUCCCUCCUAUCUUGUUCCCUGAGGAAAGAGUUUCUCCUCUUUUGGAUCCUGGGAGCUUUGAAGAUUGAGUGGAUUUGAAUUUGACACUGCAGAGGGCAAGAAGAAGAAUAGAAA